CAUAGGUGACCUUGUUAAAACCUUCCACCCUGCGCCUGAUGGAGAUCACUUCGGCUUGAUCACGUUUCAUGAGAAGGCCCAAAUGGUGUUUAAAUUUGCUGACUCACAAUAUCAUGAAAAGAACGCCCUCUUGCAGAAAAUAGCCAAAGAACCUCGUAAGCUGGAACUAUACACCCGUACCGAUCUGGCCCUGAUAAUGGCGAGGGAUCAGCUGUUUACUGAGGAAGGAGGAGACAGACCAGACAAACCAAAUGUGAUGAUUGUACUCACAGAUGGAAGACCAACAAAGCCUAAAGGCGACAAAAGUUUUAACUUCAAGGAGUUUGCCGAUAAAAUAGCGGAAGAUUUCAAAGAUGUUCGAGUAAUUGCUGUAGGGAUUGGUUCUGGUAUAGAUCAGCCUACCCUUCUCUCAAUUGCUCGUGAAAAAGACCAAGUCGUUACGGUCGGAGGCUUCAGUGAGCUGGCAGACGAAAUGAACACAAUAAAAUCAAAGGCUUGUUCCGCACUUAACGGUGGCUAUUCAGAGUGGUCUGAGACUGAGUGCAGUGUGACGUGUGGAGUAGGAGUAAAAACAUCAACAAGAACCUGUACUAAUCCACCGCCUUCUGCUGAUGGAAAGGACUGCAGUGGGCUUGGACCAGCAAAAAAGACAGUUUCAUGCAACGAAGCAAUAUGCCCAAUUGACGGUGGAUACACCGAGUUUUCUGAGUCUGAAUGCAGUAUGACAUGUGGAGGAGGGACAAAAAAUCUGACAAGAACUUGUACCAAUCCGCCGCCAUCUAACGGUGGAAAGGACUGCAGUGAACUAGGACCAGCUGAAAAGACAGUUUCAUGCAACGAAGCAGAAUGUCCUGAGAAAAAUCUGAUAAGAACUUGUACCAAUCCGCCGCCAUCUAACGGUGGGAAGGACUGCAGUGAACUGGGACCAGCUGAAAAGACAGUUUCAUGCAACGAAGCAGAAUGUCCUCCUCUAUGCACAGCUGGACUAGACAUUGCAAUUGUUCUCGACAAGUCCAAGAGUGUAAAGUUACCAAAUCUCGAAAAGGCUAUCACCUUCAUUGGUGACCUUGUUAAAACCUUCCAUCCUGCGCCUGAUAAAGAUCACUUCGGCUUUAUCACGUUUCAUGAGAAGGCCCAAAUGGUGUUUAAAUUUGCCGACUCACAAUAUCAUGACGAGAAUGCCCUCUUGCAGAAAAUAGCCGAAGAACCUCGUAAGUUGGAACUAUACACCCGUACCGAUCUGGCUCUGAUAAUGGCGAGGGAUCAGCUGUUUACCGAGGAAGGAGGAGACAGACCAGACAAACCAAACGUUAUGAUUGUACUCACAGAUGGAAGACCAACAAAACCUAAAGGUGACAAGAAUUUUGACUUCAAGGAGUUUGCCGAUAAAAUAGCGGAAGAUUUCAAAGACAAGGAUGUUAGAGUUGUUGCUGUAGGGAUUGGCAGAGGUAUAGACAAAGGAACACUUCUCUCAAUUGCUGAUAACAAAGAUGAUCAAGUGGUUGAGGUAGAAAACUUCAGUCAGCUUGAAAAGGAGAUGAACACAAUCAAAUCAAAGGCCUGUUCUGAAUAAAGACGCACCGUAUUUAAGACGUGUCUUCCAUCAAAAGGCAAAUAUUGGUGCAAGGAAGCUGCUGCAGUGUUAAUUUCACAAAAUUACUGUAUCUGCAGACGAUAUCGGU